UUUUGUUUAUUUUAAUUAUUGACCUCUUGUAAUGCAAAUUUGUUUUCUGUUCCAACUUGUAAUGAUUCAAAACUUGUUUUCGCGACUUUAAAUAAUGGAAUUUGAAGUUGGCGUAGAGCAGUUUUAAUGUGACUCCCUGUCAAAAAUGUCGAAUUUUGCGCGGCUUGCAAUUGUAUGUUUCCUCCUGUACACAGCUCUAAAUAUAAAAAAUGCCGCUGUUGCUUACAAAUGGAAGGGAAAACUCCGAUUCCAUAACUGUUUCAGCUCGUGGAAGAUAAUGGAGUCCACCCCGUUUCCUACAGAUUAUGCGGUACACAUUAGUACCAAAUGGACUAAUAAAACUGAAGCUCGUAAAUUCGGUACCCUCCCACAAGAUUUUUACAGUUACAAUUGGCAAAUGGAACAAAUCGACGGCAACACUGUGCACAAGAUAGAUAUUCCCCAGGAUUGGUUAAGUUUUAACAACAGCAAGAUUGCUAUCCCGGCUUACGCUUUUCGACCCGGAAAAUACAUACUCUACCCUAACGUUAAACGUCUAAGCACCGAGGUUCCGGAAACAGAGGUCAAAUUUUGCCCUCUCUUGUAUAUAGCGAAGAAGCCGAUAGUUGUGGUAUCGGGAGGGAGCCAUCAAACAGUGCCUCCGAAUACCGAAGUCACCCUCAGCGCUGAAGGCUCCUCCGACCCCAAUCUAAGCAAACCAAGUUACAAAGACAUCAAUUUCGAGUGGAGUUGCAAGCAGAAAAAAUCAUCAUUUUGCAAACAAGUCCCAGUUUCCACAGACAGCAAAUUGGUGAUUCCCGCACGCCAUGUCCUGGACCAGGACCUGAUCGAAGUGACCUUGAAAGGGACAACAAAAGAUACUGGCAAAGGCGACAUCCUCAAUUCCACCACCAUCACCAAAACCAUCGAAGUUAAACUAAAUACGGUUCCAUUGGAGAUUGUCUGCGAGAAAAACUGCCCUCCCAAGUCCUACGCGUCCAAUUACCACGCCAUGACCUUUUUUCGGGUGUACUGUUCCCAGCAAUGCGAGCAAGUGAAGAAUGACGAUUACGUGUGGACUAUUAAAAGGAUUGGCAACAAACCUUUCGAUUUCGACUAUGAGAAAAGUACGCAAUUUGGGCGAAACCUGGCGAAGUUUGUGAUCGAAAAGGACACCCUCAAGCCGGGGACGUACUUGAUUUCGGUCCGGCUCAGGGAAUCGCACCCUUUGAGGGGCUACGCGGAAUACACCCUCAAUUUCGCGGGCUUGGCGCGAGUCUCACAGUGUCAAGUUCGCCCCAAAAAGGGCGAUACUGUCCUCAGCUCCUUCAAUAUGUUGUGUUUACAAAAAGAUGUUCAUCAAAGGAACGUAUACGAGUUCUACGCGGUGAAAAAACCCUACACAGGCGAACUAUCUGAUGCGGAUUUGAUUGCAGCGGGACCUUUUCCGACUGUUAGCGAGAAACUUUUCAAUUUGCCGAUAUCGGCAACUCACGAGUUCAUUUUGAAAGUCAAGAGUGUUGGUGGAGCGUCGCAGAGAUUUCAUAUCAAAGUUGAGGUCACGUCCACGAUGGACAAAAUGAGUGAUAGGCAGUUAAAAAACGUACUCGAUAAAAUUUAUCCUGGUGGUAAAAAAGAUAAUAUUCUAGAGGACAUUUUGAGCGAUUCGCCGGUCAAUAAAAUGCGAGGAUUUCAAAGGUUGAGGAGUUUGAUUGACGUGAUUGUCGAUAGGAAAUUCAAAGGUGAUAAUCUUAAAGAGUUUCUCACAAAGUGGAAGUUUAAUGUGGUUGAGGAUAUGUUGUCGGCGCCGUUAGAUGACGUCACUGACGUGCUUCAAAUGACCAAUGCCAUUUCGAAGUUGGUAAGUGACGACGCUCUACCGGAAAGUGAUCCACUUUUCUCGAAAUUUACAACAACAUUUUGCAAGAAAAUGAUGGACAAGCACUUGGAAAUGGUCCAAAAUGAUAACUUCCCUUUUGAUCUCGCCGAUAAAGUUGGUAGAAUGUCAAGUUCUAUAACGGCUUGUUUGGAAACGAACACAAACCCAAAUUACAAGGUAAUCAAACCUUUGGAAGACAUAAACAUAACAACAGAAGCUGCAGUCAUCGACGAGCCACUGAUCACUGAAAACUACGAAAAUUAUGAGGAUUUCGGCGACGAUUAUUACAAAAAUUUGGAUUAUUUAAGAGAAUCAACUUAUAACAUUGUCAAUGCCUCGGCACAGGCGGCUAAAACCAUGGCGUUUGUCUCCGUAGCCGGCGAGAGGUUUAGCGAAACCGAGGGCAGAAGAAGUAAGACUGUUGUAGCGAAGGAUUAUGGUUACGAAUUGGUUAACGUUGAAGUGAAAUCACAUGGGGUUACAGUAGUUCCGUCUCAAGACUUCCAAAAAGACAAGCAUUCUUACGAUAUUCUGUUGACAACCUGGUCGAAAGACAUCAUGUGGUGGAACCCUCCGAAAACUCGAGUAACAACUGACAUCGCCAGCGUACAAAUCUGGCACUCUUCUUGCAAACAACGCGUGAGAAAGUUCGAAAAACCGGCUCAAAUUUACUUCGAAGUGAGAAACGACUCAAAUUUUGAGCCGAAAUCCGUCGAGGACACGUUUGUGGUACCUGGCGGGUACCAAAGCUUGACGGGUGAACCCUUGGACCGAAUUGUUUUAGUCCGAAGGGUUGCUAUGUCGUCACAGCAAGCAAUUGACGUAGAAUUUGAUAUUUCCGAUGUUCUUGAGGUCGUGUUUACUAAAUUUGAAUUUCCGACUUCUGAACAUUUCACUAGUGCGACCACGAUUGGGCCUGGUGGUACCACAACUCUGAGAUUGUUCAAUGACCGGAAGUACGACAUUUGGGGCUAUGUUGGGGUACUGGCCAAUAAGACAUCGGUCACUAAGAGUACCCUCGUUUAUAAUAGUAGUUACAUAAUUGCGUCCUGUCUUCGGUGGAUUGAUAAGAACAAUUCGUGGGUGUUUGCCUGUAAGUCGGGACAACAUGGAAAUAGUAGUGUUGUUCAUUGCGAAUGUAACGAAUUCUCAGUCCUUGCCGGGUACUUGCGAAAUAUUGACAACGACUUACAAAAAGUCGAAAAAGCAGAACUCGAAUUGGAGCUACAACGAAGCCUAAUUAUUUUCAUAACUGUUGCAACAACUUUUGGACUUUAUUUACUUCUCUUGUUAUUUACACUGAUCGGGAAGAAAUACGAGGUGUACUUCUUACCUGACAAUGACCGAAGGAGCCGGUUUGCGUACCUAGUGGUUAUAAAAACCGGCUUUGGACGAUAUGCCUCCACUUCGUCCAAUGUCACGAUUCGUCUAAUUGGUACCAAAAUGACCAGCAUGCCCCACGUUUUGAAUUAUCCUGACCCUAAAAUGAGGAUCUUGCAAAGAAAUAACCGGGAGAUAUUCGUGGUGACAACCAGUGGCCAUUUGGGCGACAUUGUCAGAAUCGAGCUGUGGUUCGAUUGUGUGGGACCAAACCCUGAUUGGGAUUGUCGUUUUAUUCUAGUUUAUGAUAUCCAAACAGGACAAGAGUGGUAUUUCAAUGUCAAAAAACGUCUCGCUGUCACUAAAGGCGAAAGCUUUAUUUCCUUAACACCCACACAAAGGGAGCAUGAAAUACCGAAGAAAAAAUACGUUCCGAAAUUUCGUAUCGCCAACCAUAGUUGGAAUCUGUUCCAACGCGAACUCAAUUUUGGGUACCCGAAAAAACUAACUGUUAUUUUCUCAUCGGUGUUUAUGACGUUUUCUAUCGCCCUUUUUCUCCACGUAGUACCAGAUUUCGCCCUAAGGGAUAGUCUCGACAAGUGCGAGUUUAAUGUCGAUGUCUUUACAGUGUUGGUGGGUUUCAUGAGCGCAUUUGUGGCUUUUACUUGUCAUAUUGCGAUCGCGUACUGCUUUCGGUUUUCGAAAGUGCAAUUCUCACGGGACCAAGACUACGCCAAGUUAUCGUAUCGUCUAACGGCUCAUUGUUGGUUACUACUAAUUAUUGUGAUGAGUGUUUCGAUUUCUUUGUUGGUGAUUGCGGGGUUUUGGGUACCACCGAAUCGGAGUUGGCGAUGGUUGACCUCUAGUGGCAUCGGCAUUGCUGUUGGAGCCAUUAUUUAUGAAACUGUUUUUCUGUUUUUCAUCAGUAUUUUAUGGAAUUUGAGACUGGAAAAGGGGGAUACAAUCGGAAGGAGUUUUAAAGAUGUUUGGAAAAAUGUGGAGGAACAGAGGUGGUUCCUACAUAAAAAAUUCGGGGAUUUGAUUUUGAGACCCUACUUUCGGCAUUUGUACCAACCGUUGGACCGCAGACAAGUCACACAAAAACAAAUGGUUGUGGAGCGUCGCAGGUACGUCAUUUCCGAAUUGGAAGACUUGGUGAUGUUUGGCAUCUAUGUGGUGAUUUUGUACGUCGUGGUUUGGUCAAACAAGGACAGUUUGAUCAUCGGUAGCAAAAAAAUUAUGCAAGACUUGAUGGAUGGUACUUACACUCGAAGUUUACCAUUUUCAGACAUCGAAACACCUUUGAAAUUCUACGAAUUUUUGAAUGAGACUUUGGUACCAGCGGUGCAACCAAGCCGAUGGUAUGGCAACUACGUGGUGGCCGAUCCGGGUUUAAUGCUCGACAUGAGCAACAAAAUCAUCGGAGUGACCCGUUUACGCCAACAACGAAUCAAAAGGAAACUCUGCAAACCACCCGAAAUUUUGGCAUUUUUGAACAUGACUUGCGAGCCGGAAAUCACGUGGUGGCGGCAGGAAAAAAGCCGUUAUGGCUACAGUUGGGGUGAUUUUACUCCUUAUUUGGUGUUUGAUCGGUUGCAAAAUAUUUGGCAGUACUCGGGAGCCGUCAAGACUGGCACUUUUGGGUCAACUGGGGAAAUUUCGUCGUACACUGGUGGUGGCUAUGUGGGGUACUUGGGACGUACCCUCUACAACACGUAUGCCAACCUUCGCAGAUUUCUGGAAAAACUCUGGAUCGAUCAAGGGAGUCGAAGCAUUUUUAUCGAGUUUUUGACUUACAACGCCAACUAUAACGUCUUUAACUCGAUUAAACUGCUGUACGAGCAAAGUGCGAGUGGCUACAAUGCUAAAACUGUCGAAGUCAACGCAGUUCGCAUGCUUUUUGUCAAACGAGAACUCGAGAGCAUUACUGUGGUUGUGUUUUUCAUGUUUAUAAUUUGGGUUGGGGUACUUUUCUUCAAGCAAUCGGUGGGGGUGAUUCGGAAAGUGAAGAGUUUCUACAAGGAUCCUUGGUUUAUGGUCGAUUGUGUUAUAAUCUUCAUGAGUGUUAUUUGUGUUGCACUUUUUGUUGUGAGGAUGAAGAUGAUUGGUCUUUACCUUGAUAAGUUGGAAAAGCUCAAACACAACGAGUUUUCGAAUUAUUUUUUCUUGUUUUAUUUGGAAGAUUUCCUGCAAGUUUUUGCCGCUACUUUGGUUUGUAUUGCGACAGUGCGACUGUGGAAGUUUCUCCGGUUUGGUCUAUUUUUCCGAAUUUUGGAGUUCACCAUAUGGAAGAGUCUGCUACCACUCUUUAGUUUUUCCAUCGCUUAUAUUUUGCUACUUUUCGCGUUUGCCCUACCUUUGGUACUUUUGUGUGGCUCCCAAAUCCUCGUAUUUAACAAAAUAACACGAGUAGUACGACCCAUGUUUACCAUGGCUUUAAGUGCAAGUGAUUUAACACUGAAAACUUUUCUGGAAAUCAAAGGUUCGGCGUUUUACAUCGUCCUGUAUGGGCUUAUUGUAAAAAUAAUUUUUUUGAUUUAUAUAAUGAUCAUUAUGAUGUCGUAUUCCACGGCCCAAAUGAAAUUUUCUAACGAAUUGGAGAUUUAUACUAUUAAAAAUUACGUCCAGGAACGAUUCAAUUAUUUCCCAAAAUACGUCAAGUACAAAUACAAGAGACUCAGAUCUGGGCAAACCAAGCAAAGUCAAGUGGAGCCAAAACCGGACAAGUUCGUGUAUUCCAAUAGUUUUUCUCUGGAAACUUUCAAAAUGCUUACAAUGAAGUACAUCGUCCAGUGUGUUUUUAGAAACAUGACGAAACGUAAAACCGCCAAGCUGUCCGAGUGGGAUUUGAAAUUGAUGCUGGGAGUGAGUCGGCGAUUUUUAGUUAAAGCUCCACCCAAAGAAGUUGAAGUUUUCUUCAAAGGGAGGAUUUCGGGGAAAAAAAUUUCGCUGAUAGACGAACGCAACGUGUGGAGGAUUGCGGAUGUUGUGGGAGCGUUACUUGAAGAGAAACACAAGGAGAAAACCAAGGAAGAAAUUAAGGGAAGUCGUAGUUAUGAAAAGUGCGUCACAAUGAUUAAGAAAAAUCAAAGCACGCUGAAGAAGUGUGAUUUGAAGUUGAAGUUGUUGUUUGCGAAGUUUGUCAGUUUUGAGUUUCAGUUAGCAAAAGUGUUAAAAUAAAAGGCUUA